GCCGCCGUCGUGCAGAACACAUUUGUGAACAUGCUCGAAAAGUACAAACAUAUCCGUCCCGUAUGGCAAUUUGGGAUGAAACUUAACGAUUCAAGUGUGGAUUGGAAGCUAAAAUUAUACGAUGAUUUCUACUUCAGGCACCAUUGCGCCUCCGUACAGUCAGCCAUAACGAUGAUCAUGGAAAAUAUGGACGAUCGAGAAUGUUUACAGAGGCUAAUGAAUGAGAUAGGAGCUCAUCAUUUCUUCUACGAUGCUUGUGAACCGCACUUAGAUAUUUUCAUUGAUGCCUUGAUGACAACAAUGAAGAAGCAGCUUUCGGGUGCUAACAAAAUGGACGAAGAUGCAGAACAGUCGUGGAAAUUGCUGCUAAAAGACGUGAAAACUUUCAUGGCUGAAGGAAUUGCAUAUCAGCGAAACAUCUAUUUGCGGCAGUGUAUGACGCCAAACGAGAUGGUGGAAAUAAGAUCAAAGUGGGAAAAAGUGGUGGAAUUUGGGCUACCCGAAGCUGGUGAAAUUUUAUGCGACAAAGCCAUUCAGAUUUAUUCGAAACUUAUCGAUUCGCACAAUAUACCAAUGGUGGUACCGCUGCAGAAGAAUAACAUAGUGUUCACACAAUUCGCUGAACAGACAAUGAAGGAUGAAGACAAAACCCGGAAGCGCCGAUUAAGCUCUAUAAAAGUCGAGCUUGAGGUGCAAGAGGAUGAACUUUAA